AUGAUCGACCCCAGCUCAUCUGAAGAGGACAGCGAGGAUGAACACAAGAAGCAGCCAGCAAAGCUGCCUGUUGUACCCCCGGGCUCCUUGGUUGGCGGGCGGCCAUCCGUUAGAGGCAAGCCGGAACUGCCGCGUGGCUCCACAGCUGGGCUUCCAGGCGCCAGUCCACUUACGACAGCGCCACUAGCUGCUCCUCUCCAUCCAGCAACUAGGCAGAGGGAACAAGCUGCACUCGCUCCACCUCCGCAUGCAUCGUUCUUGCGCAGGACAUCGACGGGAAGUGCAAGUUCUGGUGAGGCACCAGCGCCAUCUCCAAGUCCUUCUGGUACUAGCCACUCCGACAAAGAUCAGGAUCCUCAGGAAAAAAUAGAAAAGUUAGAAGAGGAUAAAAAACGUCGUCUGCAGCUCUACGUAUUUGUGUCAAGAUGUAUUGCGCAUCCCUUUAACGCUAAACAACCUACAGACAUGACCCGACGACAUACUAAACUCACUCCACAUCAGCUCGAGACUAUACAGGCUCGAUUCCAGGCGUUCCUUAAAGGUGAAACACAGAUUCUAGCAGACGAAGCGUUUCAAAAUGCAGUGCAGUCCUACUACGACGUAUUUCUGAAAUCGGAGCGAGUGGAGCAGAUGGUGAAGUCAGGAGCGUGUUCUCAUCACGACUUUCGAGAAGUUUUUAGAAACAACAUCGAGAAGCGAGUCAGGUCUUUGCCCGAAAUAGAUGGAUUAAGUAAAGAAACUGUGUUAACAACAUGGCUUGCAAAAUUGGACUGCAUCAUGAAAGGAACUGGUAUUCCUGGAGAUGACGAAACCAAGCGACCUUCACGGGCGCAGCAACAGAGCCUCAAUGCGGAAUGCAUCCUCAGCAAAGAGCAGCUUUAUGACAUGUUCCAGCAGAUAUUAAGUGUCAAGAAAUUCGAGCAUCAGCUACUUUUUAACGCUUUAUUGCUGGAUUCAGCGGACGAGCAGGCAGCAGCGAUAAGAAGAGAGCUAGAUGGGAGAAUGCAAAAAGUGAAUGAGAUGGAGAAGAACCGCAAGUUGAUGCCGAAAUUCGUCCUCAAAGAAAUGGAAUCGCUGUACAUCGAAGAACUGAAGUCAUCUAUAAACCUUCUUAUGGCUAAUUUGGAGUCCCUACCCGUCUCUAAAGGCGGGGCUGACUCCAAAUACGGCCUACACAGAAUCAAGCGGUAUAAUCACAGAUCAAAUGCUGGAACAGAUCCGAGUCCAAGGUUGAGUAAGCAGCUGUGUUUCAGAUCGCAAGGGUCUCUAGCGAACAAGUUAACCGGCGAGAGUGACGGAGGAGACGUGGACACGCAACUUACGAAAAUGGAUGUGGUUCUAACAUUCCAAAUUGAGGUGGUUGUUAUGGAAGUAAAAGGUCUAAAGUCGCUAGCGCCGAACAGAAUCGUGUACUGCACGAUGGAGGUGGAAGGCGGCGAUAAACUGCAGACCGACCAAGCGGAAGCCUCCAAGCCCAUGUGGGAUACCCAAGGCGACUUUAGCACAACGCAGCCAUUGCCAGCUGUGAAAGUGAAGCUAUACACAGAAAAUCCUGGAGUCCUCGCUUUAGAGGACAAGGAGCUAGGGAAAGUGGUUUUACGACCAACGCCCCUAUCGAGUAAGGCUCCAGAAUGGCACCGAAUGACUGUACCAAAGAACUUGCCUGAUCAAGAUCUGAGGAUCAAAAUUGCAUGCCGGAUGGACAAGCCCCUUAACAUGAAACACUGCGGAUAUCUCCAUGUAAUCGGCAAGAAUGUUUGGCGCAAGUGGAAGCGACGCUACAUGGUGCUAGUCCAAGUGAGCCAGUACACGUUCGCGCUGUGCUCGUACAAGGACAAGAAGUCCGAACCGGCCGAGAUGAUGCAGCUGGACGGUUUCACUGUGGAUUACAUAGAGCUGGCUAGCGCUCAACUGAUGGUCGGUCAAGAAUUGGAAGGGGCGAAGUAUUUCAUGAACGCGGUGCGUGACGGCGAGUCAGUUCUGAUGGGAGUCGGCGAUGAGAAUGAGUGUCAUCUGUGGGUCAUGGCUCUGUACCGGGCAACGGGUCAGAGUCACAAGCCGACUCCGCCGACAACUUCCGACACGCAUAUCAAGAUCAUGGGAGAUGCGGACAAGGCUCGUAAGCAUGGCAUGGAAGACUACAUUCAGGCAGACCCGUGCCAAUUCGAUCAUCACCAAUUGUUCUGCAUACUGCAGUCCCUAACGCUGAAGUACCGUCUGCAGGACCCUUACUGUUCCUUGGGCUGGUUCUCACCGGGGCAAGUGUUCGUACUGGACGAGUACUGCGCUCGAUACGGGGUUCGUGGCUGUUACCGACACUUGUGUUACCUCUCCGAUCUUCUGGAUGUAGCAGAAAGUGGCCAACAGACCGUAGACCCAACGCUUAUGCAUUACUCCUUCGCCUUCUGCGCCAGUCAUGUCCAUGGAAACAGGCCCGACGGCGUGGGCAGCAUCACCGUGCAGGAGAAGGAGAAGUUCGCCGAGAUCAAGGAGCGCCUCAAGACGCUGCUGCAGCAUCAGAUCACCAACUUCAGAUACGCGUUUCCGUUUGGGAGGCCCGAAGGCGCGCUUAAGGCUACUCUAUCUUUACUGGAGCGGGUGCUAAUGAAGGAUGUGGUGACACCGGUAGCACCGGAAGAAGUCCGAGCCAUGAUACAAACGAGCCUCGAGAACGCGGCCUUGCUGAAUUAUACACAACUCAGUCAAAAAGCUAACAUUGAAGAGGAUCUCAGGGGAGAAACAAUGGUUACACCUGCUAAGAAAUUGGAAGAUCUGAUCCAUCUCGCUGAGUUGUGUGUGGACCUCUUGCAACAAAAUGAAGAACAUUACGCCGAGGCGUUCGCGUGGUUCUCCGAACUGCUCGUUGAGCACGCGGAGAUCUUCUGGGCACUAUUCGGAGUAGACAUGGACCGCGUGUUAGCAGAGCAACCACCAGAUACAUGGGAUUCUUUCCCACUGUUCCAGAUAUUGAAUGAUUAUUUGCGCACUGACGAGAACCUAAAAGGCGGUAGAUUCCACGAACAUCUGCGCGAUACUUUCGCGCCAUUGGUAGUCCGCUACGUGGAUCUAAUGGAGUCGUCGAUAGCACAGUCCCUGCACAAGGGAUUUGAGAAGGAGCGAUGGGAGAUUAAAGGCAAUGGCUGUUCAACCAGUGAGGAAUUGUUCUGGAAACUGGACGCGCUGCAAUGCUUCAUACGAGACCUGCACUGGCCGGAACCCGAGUUCCGUUCACAUCUCGAGCAACGUCUGAAAUUGAUGGCCUCGGACAUGAUGGAAACCUGCAUACAGAGGACCGAAUCUUCUUUCCAGUCUUGGCUGAAGAAGAGCGUGACGUUCAUGUCGACGGACUACAUCCUGCCGGCGGAGACGUGCGCGAUGGUCAACGUGGCGCUCGACGCGAAGAACCAGGCGCUCAAGCUGUGCGCCGUGGAGGGCGUCGAUAUUUACCAGUACCACGCAAAGAUGGACGCUCAAAUCGAGGCUUGCUUACUAGCGAUGGCCACUGGCAUGACGACGCGUCUCUCAGCUGUGCUCGAGGCGACGCUGGCCAAGAUCGCGAGGUUCGAUGAGGGAAGUCUGAUCGGGUCGAUACUGACCAUAGCGAACGUGUCUGGAUCAGGCAAGGACAUCGGCCAGGGCUACGUUAACUUCAUGAGGAACUCCAUGGACCAAAUCAGAUCAAAGGUGACAGACGAGCUGUGGAUCCUGCAGUUGUUCGAACAGUGGUACGGCAUUCAAGUGGGACUCAUCAGCACGUGGCUGACCGAGCGUCCCGCGCUGCACCCGCAGCAGGUCGCCUGCCUGUCUAUCAUACUGAAGAAAAUGUACAGUGACUUUGAGCUGCAAGGCGUAAUCGACGACAAGCUCAACUCGAAGGUGUACCAGAGUGUUGCUGCUAGAAUGCACACCGAGGAGACCACGUGUAGUCUUCUGUUAGCCCAACAGGAUGCCGGAGGAGGUGAAGACGGUGGUUCCGAAGAGGGAUCCAAGAGCGGAAAGUCCAAAUUAGAAUCUCUUACCGAGGAUACUAAGCUCGGCAACGUUUCGGCAGUUGUUGGGAAGGUCGGCAACAUGUUCGGGCGUGGUAUUGGGGAGCUAUCGACCAAGCUGGGUGGCGCUUCAUCUUGGUUUUAG